AUGUCGGACGAUGCCUAUAAUAAUGAACCCGAGUUGUGUAAUGCUGACUUGAUCGCAGGGUUAGUGCGUAGGCGCGCUAUUAUAAAAUGUUCAUUAACUCGAGUAGCAACUUUUAUCGACCGUUUUAUUCCAUCUCCAGCCUCUUAUGCAGAAGCCGCGUCUCGUUUAAAUACUCUCCCUGCUAUUUUAAAUCAAUUUGAAGAUGUUCAACAAAAGGUUGAGGAAAUUGACAUUGAUCAUGACGAUGAUCAUCAUGCUCAGCAGCGCGAAGAUUUUGAAUCUAAGUAUCAUGAUAUGGUGGGUCGAUUAUCAAGAUUAAUACCUACGCUAACGCCAGCGGUUUCAUCGCCUGACAACUAUGUCCAUGCACAAGAGUCGUCUUCGCAUGUCUCGUUAGAGUUCUUGCUCGCUAAAAAUCUGAGCAUGAAGUCGGUUACACAUUUACCAUCGUUACCGUUAGAGAAGUUUGACGGAGACUAUAUAAAAUGGCCAAGGUUUUAUAAUUGUUUCAUGAAACGAGUGAAUGAUGCUGCAAGUCUCGAUGAGGUGGAUAAAUUGUAUUUUUUAAGAUCUUGUUUACAAGGAACGCCGUUAGACUUAAUCGAUGGAUUAGAUGUUGGCGAUUCGUCGUAUAGUCGGGCCUUAGCUCUUCUCAAGGAUCGCUAUGAGCGCAAGCGAUUUUUAAUAGACACCCAUGUUCGAUCGUUGUUAGAAAUGAAAAAUUUGGCAAGUUCAGCUUCAAAGGAUUUGCGUAACUUUUUAUCGACGUUUGAUAAGCAUGUGGAAGCUCUUCGUUCUUUAAAACGACCGGUUGAGCAUUGGGAUGAUCUGUUAGUGGGGAUUGUACGAAGUAAAUUGGAUCUUGCUACACUGGAAAAAUGGGAUUUGUCGCAUAAGGCCAAUGACGACGUGACAUUUAAAAUGCUUUAUGAUUUUUUAGAGACACGUGCUAGUUCCUUAGAGUCGUUUGAAGGACAAGUAGGUCAAGGUCGUCAAGUAAACAAGUCAAAGAUAUGGCGAAGUAAAGCAGAAGCACUUAUGCUUUAA